AUGGAGAAAUCCCAAGAAUGUCAUCUCACUGCAGUUAAGAGGGUGUUGAGAUACAUAAAGGGUAGAAUUGAUCAUGGUAUGCUGAUGCCAAGACAGAAGAAGACCAACACGUAUGCAGAAGUAUAUGGCUACACUAAUUCAGAUUCCAAUGGAGAUCACAAUGAAAAGAAGAGUAUUGCUAGCUACAUAUUCACGAUUGAAUACGCGCCAAUAUCAUGGAGCUCAAGGAAGAAAAGCAUUGUGGCUUUGUCAUCUUGUGAAUCUGAACUUAGGCAACUUGCUAUGAAUGGAGGAAUUGCACAUGGAGUGAAGCUAACUAAACUCUACAACACAAAUUCCAUUCCUCAUGUGGAUAAAGUGUUCGAUCUUCACAACUUUAGUCAGCACAUCUGCAAGUUGCUUCUAAGUACUAUAGUGCACUACUUGUAG